GCUUGCACAGAGAACAGACGCCAACAAAAAACCACAAGAAACAUGUCCAACAUUAAGAAAGUUUGCCUGUGCCUAAUGCUGUCCCUGGCAUGGACCCUGAUCAGUGCGGAUACUCCCAUCAGACACUGUGCGGAUAGCAGCAUUCCCCUGCCGCUGAUGGUGCAGAUCAAUGAGUGCGACACGCUGCCCUGCGAUCUGUGGAAGGGUUCUGAGGCCAAGAUUGAUAUACAAUUUGUUGCCACUCGCAAUACCAUGAAGCAGUUGACCGCCGAAGUGCGUCUGACCUCGCUGGGCGUCACUCUGCCCUACGAUCUGGACGCCAAACGUGGCAAUGUGUGCCAGAAUCUGCUACACGGCGCCUACUGUCCCCUCGAUGCUGGCGAAGAUGUCACCUAUGAGCUGCUGCUGCCCGUGGAGCCAACUCAAAUCGAGGUGCCCACACGCCUGGAGGUUCGACUGCUCGAUGUGGAUAAUGGCAAUCAGGUGGUGUCCUGCUUUGUGACGGACACGCGCGUCAAGAAGCCAAAUUCGUUGUAGGAACUAAACACGAAGGAGAGGACUAGGUUAAGUGGAGACAUUGCAUCAAUGUUUCUGCACUGAGCAUCGGGGGCGAUGCCAAAUUAAUAGGCGUAAGCUGUUUGGCCGGACCCCAGAGCCCGACCAAACACUAUUAGCAAUUAUGAAUAAGCAAUAAGGGGGAGAGCAUUAUGAAUAAUAAACAUGAACAUCUGAGUUAAUUACUCUCACACAUA